GUUACUGCUGAGGACCAGAAAACUGCCAUGGCCAAGGCUUCUAAGGCAUGUGCCUUUCUCAGGAGAUGUCCUUCACUAACACUGGGUUCCAUCUUGGAGGAGAUUGCUGCUAUUCUUCCUGGCCAUGAAUUUGCUUCUAUUUUGUUGUCAAAACAUGGCUUAUGCAGAUGACGACGAAUCUCUUGUUGAAGCUGAGGUUUAAGGAACAAAUAGGAGAUGUUUUAGCUGCUCGCGCUGCAUAUAUUCAGCAGACUGGUAAAGAGUCAGAUUCUGAUUUUGUGCAGAAUGUUAUAUCAAGAGCCAAUAUGGAGAAACGUUUGGGAAAUAUGGAGUCAGCUUGUGGUAUAUACAAAGAAGCAAUAGAGAUGGUUGUAGCUGAAGAGAAUUUACAGCAUGCCCUCCCUAAUUUAUAUGUCCAUUUCUCUCACCUAAAAUAUAUGGUUGAAAAGAAUUCUAAGAACCCUAUUCUUCUAUCUGGUUGUAAAGUUGCAGAUGGCAGUGAUGUUUUACUUUCUUUUGCCAUGUGUGUGUGUGUGUGUCUAUAUAUUGAUUGCCAUGUGUGUGUUUUACUUUUUUUGAAAUUCCUCUCAUCAUUUAUGAACUAAGUAACUCAAAUCUUGUCUUUUUCCCAGUAAUGGCUUCGGGAUCCGAUGAUGCUCUUAAGAGUGUUGGUUUAGUCUUAGCAGGACUUACCAACUGAAUCUGGAACUGUGAUCCCCUAUGUUCACUUGAUGAAACAAGCUCACAAGAUUUUGAGGACAGUUAUAUAGUCUUGUUAUUUGUAUAACUUAGUAUAGUUGAACAAUACAUUGAGUUUAUGUUUUGAAUUAUAGUUGAUGUAUCAACACACUUUGAUGUAUGGUUGUUACUUAUUAUUAUAGUUGAUGAUCAAUACAUUUUGUUUA